UACAAAUCCCAUCCGGCAGCGCGGUGGCAGUGGUGGCAGCGGCUGCGGCGGCAGCUCGGGCCACCGGGGCGGGCAGCCACUGCUGACAAGCCCCGGGUAGGCUGACGGGCUGGGCGGGGCCGGGCCGGGGCAGGUGCGGGAGAUGGAGCCGCCACCUUCGGGGUGAGGGAGCCUCUCCGAGAGCCUGCUGGUCCUCCGGCGAGCGCAGGUGAACGGCCCGGGAAGGAGGCCGGGACCGGACCAGGGCCAGGGCCAGGGCCAGGGCCAGGGCCGGGCCAGGGCGUGAGCGCCAGGAUGCUGAGAAGCCACGGGGUGCAAGGGGCCGCCGCCGCCGCGGGGUAAGGGCGACCCGGCACGGGGAGGGGAAGGCUGGCAGGGGGAGGGGCGGAUCCAACCCCAUCCCCCCACCGCCGACCCGCAGCCUCCCCCUCCCCGCUGCUUGGAGGCCCCGAGGACUCCCUGGAAGAGGUGACCGAUUUCACCUUGCCCCGCUCCCUGUCACCCUCUUUGGUCAGCCCUUCGGAAGACCUAGACACCGAGGUGUGCGGGGAGAGGGGGGAUGCUGGUGACAUCUUCUAGGCCUGUCCCCUCCUCCUGCCCCCUACCCCCGGCCAUGGGCCCCAGAAGCUCCCCAGGAGUAGCCAGGGCUGCCCCUCACCCCAACACGUGGGGCUCAGCCAGCCGGAGGCCUGCCUGAGCUCAGCCUUCCCCUGCGUCCCAUGGAGGAGGAGGAGGACGGUGGGGAGGGCCCAGCCCUGCGGGGGACCGAAGAGUGGGGCCUGGGGCCCGACGCCCCUGCAGCCGCCGAGCCCCUGUGGACCGCCGUGUUUGAUUAUGAGGCCGCCGGAGAGGAGGAGCUCACCCUCCGGAGGGGGGACCAGGUGCGGGUGCUGUCCCAGGACUGGGCUGUGUCGGGUGACGAGGGCUGGUGGACCGGGCAGCUGCUCGGCGGGCGCGUGGGCGUCUUCCCCAGCAACUACGUGGUGGCCCCCGGCGUGCCGGCGCUGCCCCCCUCGGGCCUCCCUCUGCCCCGGGAGAUCCCCUUUGGCGAACUGCAGCUGGAAGAGAUCAUCGGCGUGGGGGGCUUCGGCAAAGUCUACCGGGCCAGGUGGCACGGCGAGGAGGUGGCCGUGAAGGCUGCCAGGCUUGACCCGGAGAGGGACCCGGCAGCCACGGCAGAGCAGGUGGCCAGGGAGGCCCGGCUCUUCGGCGCCUUGUGCCACCCCAACAUCAUCGCCCUGCGAGGGGCCUGCUUGCGCCCACCCCACCUCUGCUUGGUCAUGGAGUACGCCCGAGGAGGGCCGCUGAGCCGAGCCCUGGCCGGGCGCCGGGUGCCCCCUCACGUGCUGGUCAAUUGGGCCGUCCAGGUGGCUCGGGGCAUGGCUUACCUGCACAGCGGCGCACCUGUGCCCAUCAUCCACCGGGACCUCAAGUCCAUCAACAUCCUCAUCUUGGACGCCUUUGAGAACGGGGACCUGUCAGACACCGUCCUCAAGAUCACGGACUUCGGCCUGGCCCGCGAGUGGCACAAGACGACCAAGAUGAGCGCGGCCGGCACGUACGCCUGGAUGGCCCCCGAGGUCAUCCGCCUGUCCCUCUUCUCCAAGAGCAGCGACGUCUGGAGCUUUGGGGUUCUGCUCUGGGAGCUCCUGACGGGAGAAGUGCCCUAUCGGGAGAUUGAUGCACUGGCCGUGGCCUACGGGGUGGCCAUGAACAAGCUCAUGCUGCCCAUCCCAUCGACCUGCCCCGAGCCCUUUGUUCGCCUUCUGGAGGAGUGCUGGGACCCAGAACCCCACCAGAGGCCAGAUUUCGACAGCAUCCUGAGUCGCCUGGAGGCCAUCGAGCGCUCAGCCCUGUUUCAGAUGCCGCUCGAGUCCUUCCACUCGCUCCAGGAGGACUGGAAACAGGAGAUUCAACACAUGUUUGAUGACCUUCGGACCAAAGAGAAGGAGCUCCGGAGCCGGGAGGAAGAGCUCCUGAGAGCGGCCCAGGAGCAGAAGUGGCAAGAGGAGCAGCUUCGGAGGCGGGAGCAGGAGCUGGCCGAGCGGGAGAUGGACAUCGUGGGCCGAGAGCUGCACCUGCUCAUGGACCAGCUGAGCCAGGAGAGGCCUCGGGUCAAGAAGCGGCGGGGCCACUUCAGGCGGAGCCGCCUCAAACUGAGGGACAGCAACAACAUCAGCCUGCCCUCAGGCUUUGAGCACAAGAUCACCGUCCAAGCCUCCCCCACAACACUGGACAAGCGGAAAGGGCUGGGACCUGAGGGAGUCAGCCCCCCUGCCAGCCCCAGCAUCAUCCCUCGGCUGCGGGCCAUCCGCUUGACACCCAUAGAGAGCCCCAGUGGCAGCGGCGGGACGUGGGGCCGCAGCGGGGCCCUGAAGAAGGAAGAACUGGUCACUGGGAAGAAGAAGGGCAGGACAUGGGGUCCCAGCUCAACCCUGCAGAAAGAGCGGGUUGGCGGAGAAGAGCGGCUGAAGGCCCUGGGAGAGGGGUGCAAGCAGUGGUCGUCCAGUGCCCCUAACCUGGGCAAGUCUCCCAAGCACAUGCCCAUGGCCCCUGGCUUCUCCAGCCUCACAGAGAUGGAAGAGUUUGCCGAAGCUGAUGGGACCAGCGUGCCCCCCUCCCCUUAUACCCCCCCGUCCUACCUCACCUUACCUCUGCCCGAUGAGGCCCCCACAAGCCCUUGGGAGACUCCUCCCCCCGCAGCGGCUCCCCCGGGCCGGGCCGGGGCCCCUCGGAAGCGAAGCGAGCUGGCGCUGCUGAGAUGCGCCAGCGUCCUGGGGGCCGUGGCCUUGGGCAGCGACGUGGCAGAGGCCCAAGCGGCCGACGGAGAGGACGAGCCGAGAUGGUGGAGGGACGGACUCUUCCCCCGGCCUGCCCGCUUCCCCCGGGGGCCCAGCCCGCCUGGGCGGAGGGCCCGUCUCCAUGGGGCAGGGACGGGGGAAGAGGCAGCCCUGCCCCCUGCCCCCGGCCUGGUGCCCUCGGCCACCCUCCUCUCCCUGUCCUCCCUCUCUGACUGCAACUCCACUCGAUCCCUGAUCCGAUCAGACAGUGACGAAGGCACCCCGGCCGUGGCCCUGGGAAGCUCUCCGCCAAGCACACCCGCCAUUAACCCCCUGGUGGACCUGGAGGUGGAGAGCUUCAAGAAGGACCCUCGCCAGUCGCUGACCCCCACCCACGUCACAGCUGCCCGGGCCGUGAGCCGAGGGCACCGCCGCACCCCGUCGGACGGGGCCCUCAGACAGCUGGUCCAGAACCACCAGCGACCAGGAGCAGAGGGCCCCAGGGACCCCCUGGACUUCCCCCGCCUGCCUGACCCCCAGACGUUGUUUCCUCCUCGCCGAAGGCCUCCUCCAGAGCCCCCCGGCAGGCCCACCACCCUGACCUUUGCCCCUCGGCCAAGGCCAGCCGCCAGCCGGCCUCGGCUGGACCCUUGGAAACUGGUCUCCCUCAACAGGACCUUGGGCUGCUCAUCCCCUCCGGCCCCUGGGACACCAGGCACCCCGGGGCCCCAGCCCAGCCUGCUUGACUUGGACACGGAAGGGCAGAGCCAGGACAGCACGGUGCCCCUGUGUGGGGUGGCGCCCACCUUCUCCGACCCCGAAGCGGAUGUCUCCCACUGAAUGUACAGGCCUGGCCUGCGGGCGGUGCCCCCAUGGGGCAGAGAGAGGCCCCGCCAGGGACUGCUGCCCUGUAUUUAUUGGGGAGGGGUGGGGGGACGGGAAAGUCGGGCUAAUAUAAAUGCCUUGUCUUGUA